CUCGCUCCGAGCAGGUACAGCAUCUCUGCAGUCCGCCGCUCAGCUGUCAUUCUUAGCUGCCCAGCACUUCUGGCUUCGCAGGAAACUUUGCGCACUACAAUCGCAGGCCCUGCUUCUUCUGUCCGCAGCGUCCGUGAUGAGUUACUACAUGGAUCCAGUUUCUUCCUACCCAGCUCUUCACCCCCGUGACCGUCUGGGCGCAACGAGACAAAGUGGAGGAGUGGCAAUGGGCCCUCAAAACCAGCUCCCAGGUGUGGUUCACCCCCAGCAGCAGUUUUACCCCUCACAGCCAAUUCAUCCACAUGAAAUAGCCCUUCAGGAGGUCCCAGAAGGGCAUAACAUGUGUCCCACAGAUCCAGAGUGUGGAGACGUCCCCCUUUUGACUCCAGGAAGUAAAGAGAUGAUGUCCCAGGCUCUGAAAGCCACCUUCAGCGGCUUCACAAAAGAACAGCAAAGGCUGGGUAUUCCCAAAGAUCCCAGACAGUGGACAGAAAACCAUGUGGCUGAAUGGCUUGCAUGGACCGUAAAUGAGUUCAGCCUGAAGAACGUCGACUUUGAGAAAUUUGGUAUGAAUGGUGCCAACCUGUGUGCGAUGGGGAAGGAGCGCUUCUUGGACUUAGCACCUGACUUUGUAGGCGACAUCCUUUGGGAACAUUUAGAAAUGCUCCAGAAAGAGGAUACAAAGCAUUUCCCCAUCAAUGGACUGACCUCCAACUUCCAGGAAUCCCGUUAUACCUCAGACUAUUUUGUCAAACCGGGCUUCAUCACGGAGUCAUAUCAGACGCUUCAUCCCAUCAGCUCUGAGGAACUGCUCACACUCAAGUAUGAAAGUGAAUACCCCGGGAUCAUCCUACGAGACACAGCCCUCAACUCCAUGCAGGGCGACUAUUUCUCUGUCAAGCAGGAAGUGGUGUCCCCCGACAAUAUGUGUGUGGGACGCCUCAGUCGAGGUAAGCUCGGUGGCCAGGACUCCUUCGAGAGCAUCGAUAGCUUUGAAAGCUGCGACCGACUGACCCAGUCGUGGAGCAGCCAGUCCUCAUUCAGCAGCCUGCAGCGGGUACCAUCCUAUGACAGCUUUGACUCGGAAGACUACCCCACUGCCUUGCAUGGCCACAAGCCCAAGGGCACCUUCAAAGACUACGUGAGGGAGCGCUCUGACCUCAGCAAGGAUAAGCCCGUCAUCCCAGCGGCAGCGCUGGCAGGAUACACAGGCAGUGGCCCCAUCCAGCUGUGGCAGUUUCUCCUGGAGUUGCUGACCGACAAGUCCUGCCAGUCCUUCAUCAGCUGGACAGGCGACGGCUGGGAGUUUAAGCUCUCUGACCCAGAUGAGGUUGCCCGGAGGUGGGGCAAAAGGAAAAACAAACCCAAGAUGAAUUAUGAGAAACUAAGCCGUGGCCUGCGCUAUUAUUAUGACAAGAAUAUCAUCCACAAGACAUCUGGGAAGCGCUAUGUCUACCGCUUUGUCUGUGACUUGAAAAGCUUGCUGGGCUACACACCCGAAGAGCUGCACGCAAUGUUGGACGUAAAGCCUGAUAUAGACGAGUGAAAGCAGAACUGGUGAAAAGAGCAAAAACAAACUUAGGACAAAAGUUGAGCUACUGGGACUGAAGCUCAUAAAGUUGUCUUAACUGUUUGAUAAGAGUUGAUUAUCCAUUUUUCUGGGGGGACCGAAAAGUUUUUAAUGACUCGGUGUGGUCUUUGUUGGAUUUGAGCUCCAGUCUUUGAGACCACGUUUCAAAAGGAAGGCAGAAGCCAAAAAAAACCUGUAUUCACAACCUGUUGGAAUUGACGAGUGUGCAUGAAUGUGUGAGUGAGUGUGGGAUUGUGCGCGCAUCUGACAUAAUACUGGUAUUAUUUAGCAGCUCAAGGUAAAUGAGAUGCUACUGGGUAGAAUUAUCAGGUUAUCUUGUGUUCUGUUUAAGUAGCAAAGAGGGGGAGGCGAGAGCUCUGCGAUACAAGGUGUGAAUGAACGAAGUCGAGAAGGAGCCUUUUUAAAGUAACUUGUUUCAUUUUUGAGGUAAGCAACAAGCAGGUGAAAGGUUUCUGCUGAGAUAACAGUUGCCAAAAUGUCAAAACUGAACUGAUAUUUACAACCAUUAUCACUGUUUCUCUCCUGCAAGGAGAGUGUUUUCAGCAAGGACCAAAAAAGUGUAAUGUAGGAUUUGAUGUUUGAGGACCAUAUGCUUGUGCCAGUAUUAUAUUGUUAGAGCACCCAAUUUAAGUCCACCAGUCCGAUUACUGGGCAGAGUAUUUUUGUCUUUAAGUGUUUCAAAUUAGACUUCAUCAUUGAAUGCCAAGUUACACUGUUCUGUUCUCAUGGAGCCCAUAGCAGAAAUGUGCCGAUUUGAGUCAGACAACACUAUAGACACACUGGCCCUGUGCGCUGUCAGGUUUGAAGAGCCUGUUGAAGAUUACUCAUACCCAAAGAGGUCUGCAAGACAACCGAAAGAAGCCGUUACUUUUGAAACUGACGCUUUCACCUUUAUGUACAUGUCGACAUCUUGUUAGGGACACAUUCUGUGACUGAAACGUAUGCAUUUUUGCAUAAUGCCUCCAGUAUUAGCAAACUGUAGACAAUCUAUGUGGGGAGAAUCAGUAGACGUUGGUGCAAAUUAGAUGAACAAUCUUGUCAGUUCACUGUCCACAUCAACCAAUCAUUUUAAUGAUGUUUUAAUGGUCCUGUCUGUCUGUCCUGUAAAGGUUAUUAUAGUGAUUGGCGGGUUUUUACAUAACCAUAAGAAUGUCAAAUGUGGGUCAAUUUUUGUUUGUUAUGCAGAACAUUUUGUCCAUAAGAAAGUAACUAGAGUAGUGUGAAGGUAUAAUGAAAGAAAACAGAAAGGUAAUAGACAAAUGUGGACUUUAGAGAAUGGGAACCUGUUUGUUAUGAAUGAAGGUCAUGGAAAGAAGUACAUGGAUAGUGCAGGUGAAUUAUCACUUAGACAACAGAAGGGACACAAGCUGAUUUGUGUGGCUCUUGCAUGGCUGAUGGCAGACUAUUCAGAUUGUAGUUUAUGUGCGUUUUUAUCAAUGAUCAAAAUAAUAUAUGUCUCAGAGAGUGUCGUAUUCUAAGAGCACAUUUAUAACAAUUCACUGGCUACAUUUUAGGCAAAUUGGCAGCGGUUUCCUCCCCAAACAAUGGGAACAGUGUCGGUACACUGGGAAAUGCCAAAGUUGAAUAUUAUCCUAAAAUACUAUGUUAUUGUUUACAGUGGCUGAAUGUUACCCAUAUGGAUGAAAAUAGCUUUAGAGAUGUCUAUUUGUACAGAUUGUAUUUCAUAAUGCUUUACUGAGACCCGGAUUACACAAAUAAUCAGGAGACAAAGCAGGAAUAAUAACCAAAACUCGUGAGGUCUUUUGGCUACGGUGCUUUGGGUGUCUACAACGUUUGACACAGAGCAGAAAUUUCUCAUGUAUUUGGAAAGUGUUGUCUUUUAUCUUUUUUUUAAAAUUAUUUUUAUAUUUGUUAAGCAGACAGUUUUUGGACAAAGUCUUUGCCAUUUCGGGUUUCCCCACUGAGUGCAGAGAAGAGAUGCUGUAUUUGUUCUUCUUGUCUAACUGGUAAAAAGCUCCGAUAUCAAGCACUGACUCUCAAACCUGUGUUGCUGUUACAACAGAGAAUUGGAUCCUAAAAAUGUAUUAAACUGCACUGUAUGUUAUUUUCUUUCUACAUGUUGUUUCAAAACGGUGUUUAUUAUUUUGUGUUUUUUUUUUUGUUUUUUUUUUGCCAUGAUGUUCAUAACAAAGGACAACUUUAAUGCCUAUAAUGUUAAUAUUUUUUUUAAAAUGUGUUUUGUCAGGAACCAUUCUGUUGUUCAAUGUGGGAGACUACAAUCUACUGCAGGACUUGUGUUAGCAGUGACAAGAACAUACACACCAAUAUUUUGUGGCAUAUGCAUAUCUCAAAAUGGAUUUUAGAAGGAAAGCCUUAUUGUUUUUUUAUGGAUGUUAUUCUUUUCUGUAUAUUUUAUAGUGUCUUUGUAUUUUUGUUAUGAGAUCAUUUUUAUUGUAUUUAGUUCACAAACAUUUGAAUAUUUUUCAAUAAUUUAUAUUUUAUAAAAGACGAGAGACGCAGACAGCUGGUGCUUUCAUGGGAAUUUAAAGGUAGCGCAGGACAAAAAUAAUGUAGCGGAUUUUAUUUCCAAUUGUCUGUUUUGUUUUUUUGUUCUUUUUUAUAUCGAAAAUAGUCCUGUCUGCUUGAGGAAAAAAAGGCUGAUGCUGGCCCAUCAAUGAUUUCUGCUGGAAAGGUUUUAUAAACUGUAGCUUCUAUUUCUAAAAUGUACUUAAUGUACUUCAAAAUGUUAUAAAAUAUAUGUGAAGAAAGACUUUA